AAAACCGCGAAUUAAAAUACCAAAAACUAUUAUCGAUAGUAGACCAUAAGUUUAAGGCAGCCCUAGUUGCUGUUUGACUUUACUAACGAUAAUAUAAGUUAAAGAGUUGCAGCCCUAGCUGUGCCGGCUAAAUUUUGUUUGCUUAUUGGUUUAUGGAAACUAGUGCCUGGAAAAAUGGGUCUUCUUUCGGAUCCGUCAUUAUCGACACAUAACAAGCUGGUGGACAAUCUGGCAAAGCAUAUGCGCAAGCUCUGCUAUGCUUUCUACACAGCGGGCGUGGUCUGGUUUAUGUGCCUCGCCCUGCCGGAAUUCAAUCAUGGAACUUACUUAUCAGAGAAUGCCCUAUCUCCAGGUUUGGUGUAUCCCGAGAUACGCAUAGAUGCCAAUCGAUUGGCCGUCCAGAUGCUAGAGGAGUUACAACGCGAACGUAAGGACCAUCAGGCCACAACGCCGCAUGCCUGGAUUCUGGCCAAGCUAAAUGAGUUUGGCUUGGAGACACAUACCCACAACUAUACGCUACGCUAUCCGUUCGGCGGCGGCAAGGAAUUCCAUGGCAAGAAUAUCUACGGAAUUUUGCGUGCGCCGCGCAUCGGUUCCACAGAAGGUAUAGUUUUCUCGGCGCCAUAUCGUCCACCGAACUCGGUGCAUGUUGACAUAACGCCUAGCGUGCCAGUAUUAUUAGCAUUUGCGGAGUUUGCAAGGCGAAAAAAUUAUUGGGCCAAGGAUUUGAUAUUCCUGGUCACCGAGCAGGAGCAGCUCGGAAUGCAGGCCUGGCUAGAGGCCUACCAUGACGGUGAUAAAGAAGGAGACAAUAGCAAUUCGUACCUGUUGGCUGGGAAUCUGCCUGCUCGCGCUGGCUCGCUGCAAGCAGCUUUAAACAUCGAAGUGCAAGACUUGGAGAUUGACUAUAUUGAUGUCAAAAUCGAGGGCUUGAAUGGCAAACUGCCUAAUCUGGAUAUGUUUAAUUUGGUGCAGCGCAUCAUGGCUCGCGAGGGCGUUACCUCGGGGUAUAAGCAGACGCCUCGUAAGAAGCGUCGCUCCAACUUCUCCACUUAUGAGCAGAACUUACGCCAAAUGCUGGCCAUGCUGUCGACGCAAUCAUCAGGCGUGCCCAAUGGUAAUCAUGGACUGUUCCAUCGCUAUCGCAUCGAUGCACUGACCAUAUCCGCUGCCAAGCGUGUUACCAACUCCAAUGUCAAGUCCAAUCCGAGUUCAGCUGCCGUGCCGCUCUUAAAGGCAAUCGAGGGCAUUGCUCGCAGCCUGAACAAUUUGCUGGAACGCUUUCAUCAAAGUUUCUUCUUCUAUGUGAUUGUGCACAACGAUCGUUAUAUAUCCAUUGGCGAUUAUAUGCCCGCUCUAGUGGCGCUUAUCGCCUGUAGCUUUCUCAAGGCGUAUCUUACUUGGUCCACAUUGGAUGUCAUAGAACGUCGUCCACAGCAGGACGGAGACGUAGCUGAAGGGUAUCUUGGACCAGCUAUGCAGUCGAUGAAGCUGAGCUUGCCUUAUGGCGUGGUAUUACUCUAUUUGGCUCUGGCGCUGUUCAUCGGCUAUGUGGGCAAUGUGCUGCCGCUGCAGAAAUACUUUAUGGAACUGCCAUUGGGCGCUGGACCGCUAACUGGCUCCAUACUGGUUGCACUUAAUCUGAUUGGGCUUGUGCUGCCGUUCGUUGUGGUGCUGCCGGCCGGCGGACUAGAGCUGCUGCACAUCAGCCUGCUGCUCAUCUAUGGCUGUGCUCUGAUUGUCAUUGGACUGCUCAACUUCUCGCUGGGCUUCUUUGUAGCGGUGCUAUCGGUGCCCAUGGUCGUUGCUCUGAACACAGGCAAAAUGAACCGCACAUUGCGCGGCUUGACGCGUCUGUGGACAUUGCUUUUGAACCCGCUGGUGGUCAUCUAUACCAUCAUCCUGAUCAUGAGCUUCUAUCAAUUUCCCGAGCUGACAUUCCAACAGCUGCUGCUGCGUGCCGCCUCCGCUGCCAUGGAUGCGGUUACCUUUGCGCUUAUCGAUUCAGUGAUUUAUGGCAAUUGGCUUUACUUUGCCAUUUGCACUGUAUUCUUGCCCCUUUGGAUCAUUUGUUGGACUCUGGCGCUGGCAAAGCGUAGCGACAAUAAGAUUUCACAAACUAAACUGAAAGCAAAUUGAUCCGCCUUUUUUUAUUUCAAAAUCCAUGUUCGAUCUAUGGUAACCUCUAAUAAAUAAAUUAUGUAUGUUCAACCGCAUGCAUAAAUAGUUAAUGAGCUGUUUGCCUGAAGCGAUAUGUAAUACUUUAGGAAUCUAU